ACACAACAUAACAAAAACACUCACUCUUAGUCUCUUACCACCACCCGUGAAGGUUUAACUCAACACAACAACCUUGACCAUUCACUUCCACUGUUUCCUCGGCAUCCCCGAACCACAAUAUCUAUCACCAUUUCUCAAUGCCCCUUCAUCACAAUUCAGCAAUGUCACAACUUUCAAUUCCCAAUAACGUACUCUUCUUCAUCUUUCUAAGUUUUUUCAAUGUAUAUUCAAUCUUCUUCAUCUUCGCCACCGCCACCACCCAAUUCGACUUUGGAACCUUAACAUUGAGCACUCUCAAGCUUCUCGGCGAUGCCCAUCUCAACAAUAACACCGUCAGCCUCACCGGCGACCCCGCCGUCCCCAACUCUGCCGCCGGCAGAGCCCUUUACGCCACCCCCAUUAGAUUCCGCCAAGCGGGAAACCCUUUUCCGGUGACUUUCGCCACCUUCUUCUCCUUCUCCGUCACCAACCUCAACCCCUCCUCCGUCGGCGGCGGCCUCGCCUUUGUCAUCUCGCCGGACGACACCGUUGUCGGGAACCCUGGCGGCUACCUUGGCCUUGAGACCUCCGCCGGCGCCGGCGGAGGUUUCCUCGCCGUGGAAUUUGACACCCUAAUGGACGUGGAAUUCAACGACAUUAACGGAAACCAUGUUGGGUUGGACCUAAACAGCGUCGUUUCGAACCAAGUUAGCGACUUGGGAACCAUCGGAAUUGAUCUGAAAAGCGGUGACUCGGUGAGCGCGUGGAUCGAAUACGAUGGGAACAGCAAAGGGUUGCGCGUGUGGGUCUCAUACUCGAAUGUGAAACCCAAAGAUCCGAUUUUGAGGGUGGAUCUUGAUGUUGGUAUGUACGUUAAUGAUUUCAUGUAUGUGGGGUUUUCUGGGUCUACCCAAGGUAGUACAGAGGUUCACAGUGUUGAAUGGUGGAGUUUUAACUCCUCGUUUGAUUCCACGGCGGCGCCGUCACCUCCUGCCGCCUCGUCAGCACCGUCUUUGGCUCCUUCUGUUGAGCAAAAGGAGAGUAAGUCAUCAUGCCACAGUGGGUUGUGCAAGCAAGGUGUGGGAGCAGUUGCUGGGGUUGUAACUGCUGGUGCUUUCGUUCUUGCUCUCUUUGCUGGUGCAUUGUUUUGGGUGUAUUCUAAGAAUGUGAAGCAUGUGAAGAAGUUUGAUUCAAUUGAGUCUGAGAUCAUUAGAAUGCCUAAAGAGUUUAGCUACAAGGAGCUUAAGGUGGCCACUAAAUGCUUCAGUGCAAAUAGGGUCAUUGGUCAUGGUGCUUUUGGGACUGUUUAUAAGGGUGUUUUGAAAGAUAGUGGUGACAUUGUUGCUGUCAAGAGGUGUAACCACAGUGGUCAAGGUAAGAAUGAGUUUUUGUCUGAAUUGUCCAUAAUUGGGAGUCUUAGGCAUCGCAACUUGGUUCACCUUCAAGGCUGGUGCCAUCAGAAAGGUGAAAUUUUGUUGGUGUAUGAUUUGAUGCCCAAUGGGAGUCUAGAUAAGGCUUUGUAUGAGGCUAGAAUACCUUUAUCUUGGCCUCACAGGCUCAAAAUUUUGCUAGGUGUGUCAUCUGUUUUGGCCUACUUGCAUCAUGAGUGUGAAAACCAAGUAAUUCACAGGGACAUUAAGACUAGUAACAUAAUGUUAGAUGAAGGGUUCAAUGCCCGGUUAGGUGAUUUCGGUUUAGCAAGGCAGACGGAGCAUGACAAGUCUCCUGAUGCUACCGUGGCCGCCGGGACAAUGGGAUACCUUGCGCCUGAGUAUGUCCUUACAGGUAAAGCCACUGAGAAAACUGAUGUAUUUAGUUAUGGUGCUGUGGCUCUUGAGGUGGCUAGUGGAAGAAGACCUAUUGAAAAAGAUGCUAAUGGGGCUGGUAAAGUUGGUAUUAGCAGCAAUUUGGUAGAAUGGAUUUGGAGUUUGCAUCAGGAAGGUAAGUUGCUAACCGCUGCUGAUCCGAGGCUUGAAGGCGACUUUGAGGAAGGGGAGAUGAGGAGAGUACUCUUGGUUGGGCUAGCUUGCUCACACCCUGAUUCAAUGGCAAGACCUACUAUGAGGUGUGUAGUUCAGAUGCUGCUUGGUGAGGCUGAAGUGCCCAUCGUCCCUAGAACCAAGCCUUCUACUAGCUAUAGUACUUCCCACCUCUUAAUGAGCUUGCAAGAUAGUGAAUCUGACUGUAAUGAUGCUGUGAUCACCAUCUCCUCCUCCUCAUCAUCAGAGAACAGCUUCAAUGAUAGAGAUUUAGUGUGAUGGAAGUCUAUAUCUGAUAUCUUGCCAUUUUUUAAAUUAUUGAAUCUAAAUGUAGAUAGAGAGAUAUGUAUUCUUUUGUUCAUAUAUGUAAACGCAAAUAACAUACAAUUAA